AUGAAGAUACAAAUUAAGAGAGCCAGGAUGCUGUUUGGCUUUAUAUUGGCUGCUGGAUUCUUGCUCAAUGUGGGAAUGUGCACUGCAGUGCAAUCAGAGCUGAGAGUUACAACAAUAAAGCAAGAGCCAUAUACAAUGUCCAAAGGCUCACAGCUGGAAGGCUUUUGCAUGGAUCUGCUGUCUGAAGUUGCCAAAAAGGUGGGCUUCAAGUACAAAGUUCAGCUGGUGAAAGACAGUUCAUAUGGUCGACAGGACGAGAGUGGGAGCUGGAAUGGGAUGAUCGGAGAGGUGGUGAGAGGGGAGGCAGAUCUCGCAAUUGCUCCACUAACUCUCACUGCAGCUCGGGAGAAAGCGGUGGGGAUGACCAAACCAUUCAUGCAAACAGGAAUCAGCAUCCUGCUGAGGAAGGACAUCUCGGAGGACGCAGGCUUCUUUGAUUUCCUGACCCCCUUUACAGCAGAGACAUGGGUCGGCAUACUCAUUGCCUACCUGGGGACCACUGCUUGCAUCUUUAUAGCUGCCAGACUCAGCCCAUGUGAGUGGAGUCAGCCUCAGAGUGAGCAGAACAGAUUCAGCUUCUUCCACAGCCUGUGGUACACAGCUGGAGCCUUGACGCUGCAAGGUGCUGGUCCUCAUCCCCGAGCUCUUUCAGGACGUGUCAUCUGCUGCAGCUGGUGGUUAUUUACCAUUGUCCUCUUGGCUUGUUAUUUCUCCAACCUCAGCUCCUCUAAGAGCUCCGAGUCCACUCACCUGUCGGUGAAAGGGUUUGAGGACUUGGCCAAUCAAAACACAAUUGAGUUUGGCUGUCUGGCUGGCUCCUCCACACUCGCUUUCUUCAGGAAUUCAAAUAACCCUCUGUACCGCAGAAUCCAUGAACACAUGGAGAGAACUAAGAGUUAUGUGUCAUCUAUGGAUGAAGGGGUUCGGCGUGCGAAAGAGGGCAACUAUGCCUUUAUUGGAGAGUCUGUCUCUCUAGACUUGGCAGUAGCACGCCAUUGUGAACUGGUCAGAGCUCAUGAAGUCAUUGGCAUGAGAGGCUAUAGCAUUGCUGCCGCCCUCGGCUCUCCCGUCAUAAAGAACCUCAGUGUGGCAAUCCUUCAACUGAGCGAGGCAGGAGAGCUGGCAUACCUGAGAAGCAAGUGGUGGGCCAGCAGCUGCAUGGCAGGCAAAGCCAAAUCUCCAGCUGUGCAGCCGCACAGUCUCAAAGGGAUGUUUCUGGUUCUUUCCCUGGGCCUGGGGCUGGGAACACUGCUGGCUGUACUGGAGCUCACGUCCAGGAGCCGCAGCAGUGCAGCAGACCAGAGGAAAUCCUGCUGCACUGUUCUGACUGAGGAGCUUGGUCUGCGCCUGAGGACCAAUGAUGCAACCAGACCUCAAGAAGCUGCAGAUAAAGAUAAAGAAAAGGCAUAG